AUGGAAUUGGAAGGAACAGAUGAACUGCGCCCUUUUUUCGGUUUUCAAGGUCCAACUUCUAAACUCCACACUCCUCCUCGACUUUCCGGUGAUACACUUGUUUUCCGCGGGCGAACCUUGCGAAUCAUGGACUCCAAACACACUCCCACUCUUAAAUUCCUCUGCAGCUACGGCGGCAGGAUUCUUCCCCGUUCUACCGACGGGAACCUCCGUUACGUCGGCGGCCACACCAGAGUCCUCUCUGUUGAUCCUUCCAUAUCCUUUUCAGACCUCAUGGUAAAGCUUGUAGAGUUCUGUGGUUCGUCCGUAACCUUGAAGUGUUCAUUGCCCAGCGGCGACCUCGAGACGUUGAUUUCCAUUACUAACGAUGAGGAUUUGGCCAUUAUUAUCCAGGAAUAUAAGCGAGCCUCCUCGGCUAAGGCUCACCCGUUGAAGAUCAGAGCCAUUCUUUCGCCGCCCAGGUCUCUCAAGAAAGUAUCUCCUGCUUCGUCUUCGCGAUCGAGCGCCGAACUCUCUUCAACUGGAUCGGCUCACUCCUCCAAUGAAUCGUUGCCGUAUUCCCCUGUAUAUCGUGUUCUCCGUCCGGUCACGUAUCCGGUAGGAUUCCGUUACGGGUCGGGAAAAGCUUGCUGCUAUUCCGGCCAAGUCGACAGAAGCUUUCGAUUCUUAAACCGGAAACCUAGCUGCCCCAAUUUCUGCCACUGAGUUGAUUCUCGUUCGACGAAUUAGGGUUUUAGGACUAUUUCGAAUUCGGAUAACACAUAGAACAUACUUGAAUUUAAAUAGAUGAUGAUGAAAACUUUAGUUGAAGUAAAAAUAUAUGGAGUACAUAUCAAAAGAGCGGAGUACAGUUUAUUUAACACGAUGAUUUUGUUUAAUUUGAUGUUUCUGGAUCGCCUUGAGGGUUCAAAGUUCUCGAUUAAUUAUUAAGAAUAUAGGAUUGCAAUUUCCAAAGGAUUAGGAUUUCAUUCCGAUGACGUCGGAGAUAUUCCCGUCUCUAGUCCUUGAGUUAAAAUUCUGGGUUCUGG